AUUAAUUAAUCCACGGCGGUUUCUUCGAAUUCAGAUUCCGAUUAUUUAUGCACAAGGAUGUGAUGGGCGCUUCUUGUACAUGUGUGCUAGCAGCAGACUGGGAAAGAAACGCGAUGGCUACCCAGGCAGAGAGCCGCAUACCAACAAACGUUCGACGGAGGUCCUUCCUUCCACAGCGAAAGCCUCUCCCUGUAACAGAACCAGCCUUAAAAGAAGGGCAGUCUGAGGGGAGCUCACCAAGCAAAGUCACUGAAGAGAAAAAGCCAACUGGAAUACCAUUUCCAUCACGACCAAAGAGAGGGCUAAAGCCACCAUCUGGCAAACUGUCUGCACAGGUUACCAACCCAGCAGAGAUACCAAAGAAGCCAGUAUUGAGUGGGGAUGAAGUGGCGGUAGACAGUGUGCAAAGGGAGAAACUUUCUGAUGCUGACCAGAUAUCAAAAGCUGCAAAGAAAGCCAAAGUUGAUAGGAGAAGAUCAGGAAUUCCUUCACUAAACUUUGCAAAGAGAAGUCCUCCAAGUUUGCGCAGUAAGCCUAAAACAGUUGAGGAGAAAGUGGGUACGACAGUCGUCACCACAGAAGAACCAGUCCUUAGUCAGUCCACAAAGAACUUGAAGCUUGGGGACAGGGUAACUAUAGGAGGAGCAAAGUGUGGUGUGCUGAGCUACAUCGGUACAGUGCACUUCAGUCAGGGGGAAUGGUGUGGUAUUGAACUGGAUGAGCCCAUUGGAAACCAUGAUGGAAAGGUUCAAGACGUGCAGUACUUCGAAUGCAGAGACAAACACGGCAUCUUUGCAGCAGCAUCUAAAGUGGAGCUAGAUGGUGCAUGUGGUACAACAGAGCCAAAAGUCUACGGUAAGCCACCAAAGCCCCCAUCAAAGCUCGCUCUUCCAAAGUACGGAAGGAGCCUUCAGCACCCUAGACAGACAAUCUACUCAUCUGGACCCAUAGCCACAGUCUUCCCAACAACCCAGGCACUCAACAGUGCUGAUAGCAACACUUCUGAAGCCAAAGAUAAGACAGGAAGGGCCGGCAAAGGUAAAACAAGCCUGUUCCAAGCAACUAGGGUAUCUCCCAUCCAGGAGAGAAAUGUCUCACCUGCCUGGUCUAAUGCUGAAGCAAACAUAUAUAAGGGAGAAACUGAUGAAGUAAAGCGAACACUAGACACAACAGUAACUCUAGACUCCACCUUCACAACUGUCUCCAACAAUCCAGAAGAUACUGUAGAUAAAUUAGGUAGAACUGGACAGAACAGUUCUGCAAUGGCAGCUGCCCAAGACACUGAGAUAGACUCUAGCAACAGAGUUGAUGAUGUAGAUGUUGAGCUUCCAACAACAACAGCAGCACAGGGUGAGGCCCAUGCACAGACCCAUCCUUCAGGGGCUGAAGCCGACAUAAAUGUUGCUGAUGUUGACACCAUGGAAAUACAGCUAGACACAGAAGAGAGACUACACCAGUCCCUUGGGUCUCCCGGGUCAGAGAUGGCCACCUGCCCUCCCACUGUGGACGGUAGUGGUGAGAUGAUUCCUAAUGUGCUCCAGGAGGAUUUACCAACAGAACUGGAUGAUGAAAAAGUCCUGGAUGUCACUGAUGGACAACAGCAAGAUUCAGACAUGGAAGUUCAUAGACAAAACAUUACUUACGGCAUGCCUGAGGAACAUCAACCUUCUGGGGACCAGGCAGAGCUCGCUGUUCAUUCAAACAUAACUAAUGGUUCUACUCCUGAGUCUCAGGACAGUAAGUCCAUUGACUCUUUAGAGGCAGACCAAGACGGGGCCACAGCAGUUCAGACUGGAUUUGUGGCAAUGGAAGCUGAUGCGAUACCCAUUGAUGACAUUACUCCAGAGGAACUGCAGAAUAGACAGGCAGGAGUGGCGCUGCCGUCAUCUUCACACGACGGAACAUUUACCAAAGAUGCAAACACUACUUACACUGCUGAAGAGGAGGUGGGACCUUCACAGACACUGCUGCCUAGUAGAGCAUCUUCAGAGUAUGGCACAUCCUCAUCAGGACAGGAUAAUUCACCAGACUCUCUAGAAGAACAAGACCAGGGUUGUGGGAAUAAAGAUAAUGCAACCUUUGUACUAGAUACAGCAACAGAGUCAAUGGAUGUAGAAGAUGCAGCGUCCAAUAUCAAAGAAGCUCAAAGUGCAAUUGGUGCUCAUAGACAACAAGCUGUUGAUGCUUCUGGUAUCAUCAGUCCAUUUCCUGAUGUGAUCCUACAGGUAGUAUCAGCCAGUGAGAAGGGUCCCGUCGCUGAUAGAACAUUUACCCAGCCAGAGGAUAACAUCUCCUACGAUCCCCAUCACAGUAUUCUCCGUCUAGAUGAGCUGAGCAUGCUGCCAGAAGUCAGCAGUGAAAACCUCCUGCAGGAAGACGUCAGCACUAGUGUUAACCCCAUCGCUGUAACCGAUGGUGCCCCAAACCCUCAAGCUGCUGAGGGCGUCAACAACAUGACCAUGCCUUUGGUGCAAGCGUUGGGACCCACCCAAACAGAAACCAAACAGCCCACAGAUGAAAGCCAGCACAGUGAGGCUGCAGAGCCCAGUACAAUCACCAUUCAGGUUACAGAGCCUCUUGAAGAGGGUGAAGAUAGCUCUGAGUCUACAUCAGAUCACGCCCAAGUGGAGAGACUGCCAGAGUCGGAGAGAGAAAGCCCCACCAGUAAUGACCUAUCUUCUGGGAAUACCAUAUCCACAGAUCUGGAUUCGGGAGCAGCCCAGGCAGAUAAACCUCCCGUCUCACUGAGGGAAAGUCCUACCAGUGAUGAAUUGUCACUGGAGGAUGAGGCUGGGCCAAAGAUCACAGAAACUGUGGGAGUAAGCAAGGGGAAAGAUGUGGUAGAAGAUACAUCUCAAGUAGAAGAUUUAUCUGAAGCUAAACAGGAAGUAGUGCCUGUUGCUGCCUCCCAAGUAGAAUUUAUUCCACCUGAAGACAUAUCAGCCACAGAGGUUAUGGAGGAGGCCAGUGUAACAGAACAGAUGGCGUCUUCCAUAGAUGUGGAGAAACCCGUGGAGUUAUCUGUAGAGAAGGAGGUAAAUCCUCUAGGUGCUUUUCAACCAGUGAAAGAUGAUGAAUCUCCCAAACCAGCAGUCAAUGGAGACAAGCAGGAUGUAAAUAUAGAUGUAGGUGAGCCUAUCCGUGGUGCUGAUGUAUGUGUUGGUGCAGUGGGAUUACAGGCAGCUGCCAGCACAGAUGUUGUGGCUGAUGAAGUGGGAGUAGUAGAGCCACAGACACGGGAGAUAGACAUGUUAUCGGAUGGAAAGGUGGAAGAGGAAGGGGAUAAAAUUGCAGCUGGGAGCACUGUAACAUCUGAGGAGGAACCUCCACACAAAGUUGCCAGAGUGACAGACCAAACCUUUGAGGUUGAUGACAUUGUAGAAAUGGAUGUUCCUGUCCUUGGUGCUGAAAAGGAAGCUGCAAAGGCAACUUUUGUGGCAGAUGAUGCAGUAGUAGAGGGUGCUGUUGGAACUGGGGCUGGACCUGCGGCACUAGAACUUGAAAAGUUGGACGAGACUUUUGACCCAACAGCUUUAGUAACGUCAACACCCUUCCAGCAUAAGGAGUUUACUUUCUCCAGGAUUGAGCCCGAGUCUCCAUCGUUUGGUACUGACCAUGACCAUCCUCUGGAAGGAGAGGAUAGCCUUACUGUUGCAGACGUAGUUAGGACACUAGAGCCUGAUAUCAUAGAUCAUGCUGCUGACAAUCAACAUAUCAGUGGAGAAGACGUUGCAAAGACCCUGGACUUGGGUAGCAAGGAUGUAAAAAAGAAACAGGUGACAAGAGCGCAGUCCAGUUCUGACGCAAAAUCUUCCAUUUCUCAGGGAUCUCAAGCUAAGAAAGCACGUACCGCAACAAGCACCAAGCAAAAAGCACCAGCAAGGGCAAGUGUGACUGUAAGUAAGGCAGCUGAUGCAAGGAAGACCACAGCAAAAGCUUCAACACAAUUUGUGUCUAAACUCGCAGUGCCUCGCACUACUAGUAGUAACAAGAAUCAAGCAAAUGCUGCCGCACAGCAAAGCAAGGGCACGCCGGGCAGUCGUUUCAAAAGCGACUCCUCCGGAUCCAACCCUGCAGAAAAGGCCAAGUCGCAGCCGCCUUCCAACACUUUCAAAACGCCCAUGGGACCAAGUAGCAAAGUAGGGUUGGUACGCCCCACGCCUCGGGCAAGUCCUUCUCCACAAGACAGGAGAGCAGCACCGGACAAAACUAAAGAGCAGCCCAGUUCAAGUUCUUCAACAAGUAGUCCAGCGCAACGGCGUAGACUGUCCUCAACUGUGUCAGACAAGAGUGACACUCAAGCCACCCGGAGCACCAGAACUCCUGGCACAAGAUCCGCUACGACCACUCCGCAGGUUAGAAGAGCAGCAAAAGAUCUCAGCAGCAGAUCAACGAGUGGAACUAGCUCUGCCACCAGCAGCCCAACAGUCAGGAAGAGGCUCUCUUCUUCCGGUGAACUGCAGAGAAAAAACGUGGAGAACUCUCAGUCCAGAGCCUCCAGCAGGUCCAGCUCUGUGAGUGGCAGCCCCGUACCAAAGAGGAUGUCUUCACGCACACAUAUCAAUGGCAACGCAAAGGAGCAUUCCUCGUCCGCACAGCCGAGAGCUUCUUCCACUCCGUCUGCCUCCACCCCUAGGAGCGACAGAUCGGGAACGAGCACUCCCACCAGCACCAGGAGCCGGUCUAACUCCACCAGUGCAACCCGCAGUCCGAGACCAGGCUCGGCGGCGAGUGUCGGGAGCGUGUCGUCCCCGCGGGGCCAGCUGAAGGGCGUGGCUGCCAGGAUCGACACGGGCCUGAAGAAGAGAGACAGCUCCACGUCACUCACCAGCACCAAGUCUGACGGGGGCAAGGAUGAAGGGACGGUGUCUGCUAAGGAGAAGUCAGCAACUCUCUCAGUCUCACACCAUGUUGAAGAAACAGACAAGCCGUCCAACAGGAAGCACGCUGAGAUCCAACACUCUGCGCGGAACGGGCACAGUAAGCGGAGAGUGAGCACCUCCAGUACGCACAGCUCAACCUCCGACCUGUCCGUCACCUCCAACACCAGCUCCAGACUCUCCAACUCACACGAGGAGGCACGGGCACAGCGGGCUAAGGCUGAUGCAUUGAGCAAACCCUCUGCCAGGUCGACCAAAGUGCCUCCAGUUGCCGGCCGGGCCCAGGGCCGUUACCUGCCCACACCAGGCUGCAGGCCCUCUCCCAUGCCUGGAACUUCAGGUGUGAAGAGGGGAGGAGAGAGUAAGACUUCUGCCACCGUGUCCCCGAGUCCCAAGAGGGUCCUGCCUGUCCCCCCCUCACCUGCUACUCGGGCCCACCAUGAGGGCAAAACAAAUGAGACCAGAGGAAGCAGAAUCAAAGGGCCGGUGUCCCCGCCUCCCACCAAAGCCAGCCAGCCAGACUUAGUCGCCUCCAACAGCGUCACUCCAAGCAAGAGCUCCAAGGAGAUCGCCAGAUUAGAGGCACUCUGUGAGGCGCGGACCAAGGAGCUGAACCUCACCAAGAUGCAGCUGAAGGAAGGAAUGACGGGCUUCGAUGCCAUGGCUGUCCUGGUCAAGUAUCUUACAGAGGAGAUGGAUGCCUUCUCCCACCCAGUUUUACUGACUCAGAUCCAAAGACUACAGGAAGAGCUUCAUCAUGCUCGAAGUGAAAGAGAUGCUCAAAAGCUGGAUCUGGAGAGACUGCAGAAUGAUAUCCACAAUGCCAUUGCCUCCCACAAAGACCACAUCAACAAACUCAAGGAUGACCAUGCUGCUGAGCUGAAGCUGCAGGAAGAUGAGUUUCAGAUUGUCCGACAGGCAGAGAUGGGCAAACUGACCACUCAGCAUCGGCUGGAGGUGGAGAUUCUCGCAGACGGACACAAGAACAAGCUUCUUGAGAUCCGUGAGGCCCACCAGGCUGCCACCCGAGAACUGGAGCAGAAACAUGCAGAGGAGAUCCGCAACCUAGAGGCACUACAAGCACAGGAGAUAGAAGAAUUAAAACAGCAGCAUCAGGAACAAAUAGAUAGCCUGACAACAAACUUUGAGAAGACAAGACUUUCUCUUGAGGACCAAAUAGAAACGCUGAACUUCCAGUACCAGCGGCAGAAGGACAAGGCUCAGAUGUUUGAGGAGGCGCUGAACAAGGACACGGACAUGCGUGUCCAGGCUGCCAUCACCCCAUACAAACAUCUGCCUGCUGAAGUGGACAGUCUGAAGGCCGUGCUGGACAUCAAGAGUCAGGAGGUUCACGACCUGAGGAAACGCAACAUGGAGCUGGAUAAACAGGUAUCUGAAAUCCCAGACUUGAAGGACAAGAUUAAGAUGUUGGAGAGGAAGACAGAAGACAUGGAGGCAAUGUUAUCCAUCAAAUCUGAGUUUCAGAGGCAAAUGUCUACCGAGCACGCCCAGCUGAGGCAGCAGUACGAGCAGCAGGAGUACGCCAGCAAGCGGCUGUCCAUGGAGAACGAGGAGCUGCAGUGGAAGCUGCGCAACAGCGGCAGCAGCUCCCCCAUCGACGCAGCCUCCCCCAUCAUCAUGGGCUCUCCUGCUCGCGUCCCACGUACCUCCAUCACGCCCACCCUCGAGAGGAGGCGAUCCCCAACGGAGAAACGCAAGUCGCUCUCCAGGUCGCAGUCUACGUCAUCGGACACCGGGAUUUUCUACACCAUCUCCGACGAGAAACCCUCAUCUUAAUAAUCCAGUUUUCUCACACCUGCAGUCUGAACCCUUUGAUACAUGUAUUAUUAGUACCGGUAUUAUCAACAUUCUCAAACAGUCAGUAUGCCGUGUGGAUAUGGGGAAAUCUUCAUGCUAACGCCAGGUCCCGAAACACUUGCGUCAUCAACACCAUCUCCGACGAGAAAACUUUAUCUUGAUCUGGUUUUCUCACACCUGCAGUUUGAACCCUUUGAUACAUGUAUAGUAUUACCAACAUUGGAAACAGUCAGUAUGCUGUGUGGACAAGUAGAAAUCUUCAUCCUAGCAGCAUACUCCUUACAUCUCAAACACUUGUAGUUUAGGUAUGGGGGAACGCACAUCCUUAUUUGGCCAGUUUUGAAGACUUAUGUCACAAACAGCUAAGUACAUUGUAUGUAUUACUGAAAAUCCUACUGUUAUGUAAUGUAGGUAAUAUGUAUGGUAGAGUCGGCAUCAGUUGCGUCUGUGAAACUCUAUGCUGAUAUGAAAGACGUUGCAACGUUAACCUCCAGCAUACCAGUUAUGAAUUUGUCAUUACCAGUAUUCUCGUGAGAAAUUCCAUGUUGAAGGUUUGGGUUGAAGAUGCUAAAAAUAAUGUGAAGCAGCGAUACUCAUGUUAUGCACAAUACCAUCAUGCUUAGGAGGGGAAUUGGUACAUUUCUGUGUAAA